AUGGGAAGAACUAUUAGAAGACGCAGAAGCAAUUCAUCCCUUUCAGAGGCCAUAUCUGUCUCACUGGGAAUAAACCAAGACUCAUCUAAAAACAAAAUGCACAGAGCAAGUGUCAGUGCAAUGUCGCCUCCAUUAUGCCGUUCAUAUAUGAGUGGAUUUUUCACAGGCGGAAGCUCCCCUAUGGUCAAGAAUAUGUCUGAUUCGAAACUCCCCUUCUCAAACAAGCAACAUCCUACAGUAAUACACGGAUCAGAAAAUUUGCAUAGGCAAACAGCUCAACUUUCCAAUGAAUUUUGCUCUUCUUCUGUUGAGGAGAACUCUCCGACGAUCAAGGACUACAUGGAUAUCAUAGAUAGUGAUGACAGGAAAGAUGAUCAAUCUAUGCGCACCAUCGUAGAGAAUAUUGAUGAAGAAUAUUCAGAUGAAUACUCAAGAUUAUUACUUAGCCCAGCAUCAUCCAAUGUAGAUGAUGAACGAAAUCGUGCACUACAAAGUGGCCCAAUAUCGGAGUUGGAAGACGAUUAUGGGGGCGGGUAUCAAUCUCUCCGUCCAUCUCAUAAUUUGCGUUUUCGACCAAGAAACAUAUGGCAAUGGUGUACUUCAUUUCCUUUCAAAUUUGCACAUUAUCUACCUGCGGCAGUAUUGGGCUUGCUUUUGAACAUAUUAGAUGCCUUGUCAUAUGGUAUGAUCAUAUUUCCAAUUACUGAACCAGUCUUUUCUCAUUUAGGGCCUACCGGUAUUUCUAUGUUUUACAUUUCCACGAUAAUAUCACAAGCUGUGUAUUCUGGAGGCUGGUCGAGUUUUCCUUCCGGGAUUGGAAGCGAAAUGAUCGAAAUUACUCCCUUUUAUCAUACAAUGGCAUUGGCUGUUAAGGACGCGCUGGAAGGUAAUGAUGACGAAAUCAUAACCACAACAAUUUUUUGUUAUGUCAUAAGUUCUAUGCUUACAGGUGUUGUUUUCUAUGUAUUGGGUAAACUACGACUAGGAAAAAUAGUUGGAUUUUUCCCACGGCACAUCUUAAUCGGCUGUAUCGGGGGUGUUGGUUAUUUCUUGAUAAUUACGGGUAUUGAAGUAACAACGAGGGUAGCUAAAUUUGAAUAUUCAUGGCCUUUCUUUUCAGGGCUGUUCACAAAUUACGACACUUUGGCUAAAUGGUUGUUGCCCGUUCUGUUGACAGUGAUUUUAAUUGGUACACAGCGCUAUUUCAAGAACUCAUUAGUUUUACCAACCUUUUACAUCUUGACAUUAGUUUUAUUCCAUUUUAUUGUUGCAAUCAUUCCUACAUUGUCUUUGGAUACUUUGAGAGAAGCAGGUUGGAUCUUUCCGAUCGCUAAUUCAGAUAGCAAGUGGUACGAUCACUAUAAAUUAUUUAAUGUCCAUAAGGUUCACUGGUCACUAGUUUUACAACAAAUACCAACGAUGAUGGCAUUGACCUUUUUUGGUAUCUUACACGUUCCCAUAAAUGUGCCCGCAUUGGCCAUGUCGCUCCAAAUGGAUAAAUACGAUGUUGAUAGGGAACUGAUCGCCCACGGCUAUUCAAAUUUUUUCAGUGGAUUAUUAGGCUCUGUUCAGAACUAUUUGGUAUACACUAACAGUGUUUUGUUUAUUAGAGCAGGUGCUGAUUCAUCAUUUGCUGGGUUCCUUUUGAUAGCCUUAACCAUCUGCGUCAUGUUAAUUGGACCUGUCAUAAUAUCAUUCAUCCCAAUCUGUAUAGUCGGCUCCCUCAUUUUCUUACUGGGUUAUGAGUUAUUGGUGGAAGCAUUGGUUGAUACGUGGAAUAAGUUGAAUAGGUUUGAAUACUUAACUGUUGUGAUUAUUGUUUUCACGAUGGGUGUCUUUGAUUUUGUCCUAGGUAUUAUCGUUGGCAUUUUGAUUGCAUGUUUUUCAUUCUUGGUCGAUAGUACAAAAUUACAAACCAUUAACGGUGAAUACAAUGGGAAUGUUGCAAAAAGUACAGUUUAUCGUGACUAUGUUCAAACUAAAUUUCUAGACGGUAUUGGAGAACAAAUAUACGUUUUGAAGCUUCAAAACGUUUUGUUUUUCGGAACGAUCAUAUCAAUUGAAGAGAAAAUUGAGAAAUUAUUACAAAUUAGUAACAAAGAUGCGAAGAAAAGGAGAAUAAAGUACUUAAUUUUGGACUUUAAAAAUAUCAACGCCGACAAUAUUGACUAUUCUGCAGCAGAAGGUUUCAAUAGAAUUAAGAGAUUCACCGGAACCAAACGAAUCAAAUUAAUUAUAUCUUCAAUCAAGGAGAGAGACCGUAUAUACAACGCCUUCAAUAACGUGGGGUUGUUGAAUGAUGUGGAAUUAUUUGCUGAUUUAAAUAGUGCUUUGGAAUGGUGUGAGAAUGAAUUUCUCUUUCAGUAUAAGCAGUUAAGAGAAAAAGCAAAAAAACGCUUGGAAGAAAGAAAGCAAAGUAGCGUCGCAUCUGCAAUAAUGGCAGCCACUCAAAACAAAAAGAUCGAUGGGUUAGGAAAUGGUUUAAGUACGGGAGAAAACAGAGACCAUGCUAGAAACUUAAUGUCACUUCCAACCAAUACACCUCGUAAUUAUCAAAUGCUUUCUGUGGCUCAAAAUGUGUUUGUGAAUGAUGAACAAGCAGUAAAGAAUUUCAAGAUGGAAUACAAGAAUGAUGAACCAAUCCUGCCUAUUUUGCUAUUUGCGUUAAAGCAAUAUCGACCUGAUAUCAUAUCCGAAAUCCAAACGGUAAGAGAAAAAGAAAUUAAAUUUUGGGCACAACUGUGCCCCUAUUUCACCAGACGCAGAUUAGCAAGUCAAUCACUAUUACUACAUGCAGACAACAUAUUCUUCCUGGUAGAAACAGGUAUGUUGAAGGCAACAUACGAAUUACCGCAAGGUACAUUGUACGAGAUUUUCUCAAAUGGUACAUGCUUUGGAAAAAUCAUUGCCCCAGGGAAUGCUAUGCCUAGAGAACAGAAACUUACCAUCGAAACAGAGACGGACUCUGUACUAUGGGUUAUAGAUUCUAGCUCUUUAAAAAAAAUGAAAGAAGAAAACCUGGCACUAUAUGUGGAGGUUACGCUAAUGGUUAUGUGCAUUAAAGACACCAGAUUUAAAGAAUUACUAGGCUACACACUUGUUAGCGCAUGA